ACACUUAGGUUAAUGUGUUUGCUGCAAGGCAAACUUGGCGCCGAGCAGUCUUGCAAUAAGGUUGCUAUUGUUAAAAACGACUAAGAGCUACUGCUUGGUUCCGUUUGUCACUCUGCAUAACCUAGCACGGCUCAGAGUGCAAAUACCUUCCAAAGACCCCAACUAUCUACUUUAUAGUUUAGGGAAUAUUGCACUGAUCAAUCCAGGGGAAGGAGGGGAGUUUUUGGUGCGGAGAAUGGACCUUCUUGUUAAGACCCUUACCUUAUUCCAGAGUAUUGUGCAAAAUAGUGAUAAAUAUAGUGCAAAAAAUCCGAUCACGUUUGUAGACCAUAAUUAUCUAAAACUUGUAAAAUUAAAUUAAUGCCCGUACACGUGUAUGAAUGUAUUCAUUGGGCAAAAAAGUUCCUGUUUGAAAGAAUAUGUUUUGCGGGUGAACAUGUAUUCCAAGGAACAAAAGAAGCUGAAAUAUUAUGCUAGUUAUUUGAACACUGCAUGAUAUCCAGUGAUGCAAAACGACUUUUGGGAAAGUCUAUUGAAGAAGUCGAACUGCAUCGUCAUGGCAGACAUUUUUUAAAAGUUUUGAGAAAAAAAAAAGCAUGGUUUGAGGAUCGAAGCGAAGCCGACUUGAUUUCGAUUGAUUUGACCACGUUUCGAUACCAUAUCUCACACUUCUAGAAUGAAAUUAGCACAAGUGUAUGAAUGUAUGCCUCGGGCAAAGUCUAUCAACUUACAGUGACAGUUCCUGUUUAAUGUGUUAUUCGAAUAAAGGAUGUGUUUUGCGGAUAAUUGCAUUCCAAGGAACAAAAGAUGUUGACAUGUUAUGCUAGGUAUCUCAACAACGGUCCAAUAUUCACAAAUCGCUAGUGAUGCAAAGCCAGUUUUUGGCAAAGUCAAUCGUAGUAGACAAACUCCAUCGUCAUGGCCGAAAUUGUGGAACGUUUCGAGAAAAAUGCAAGGUUUGAAGACGAAAGCGAGGCCGAAUUGAUUCGAGAGAAACUCGAGCAAUUCGUGACCAACAUUCUAGCGGAGGUGGAAAAGCGAGACAAGCGAUUUCAGAGUACUCUUAUUAAGAGCGGAAGUGUUUACGAAGGAACGAAGGUUUGCCAGCCAGAUGAAUUCGACUUCAUGAUAAGAAUUGACUCACUCACCGACAAACCAUCAUUUCGUCCAUGCGACAAAGGCGAAGGCUACGUCAAACUCCUCCUUGACGAAGAAGGGUGGGAAGAAUUCAAAGAUGAAGAGGGCUUCUUCAACCCACAUAUGCUCUCCCGCUUCUUCAAAAAGCUUGUCAAUGCAUCUCUUAGUGACGCCGAAGUACCUGAAGGACUGGUCAUCCAACGAGUAGGACAAAGAAUGUUUAAGGAAACAUGGUGGCCUGUGUAUUCUGAGAUACUAGGAAAUGUCGAUGGCCAAGAAAGGUCUUCUGGUCUGAUGUACUCGGAAUCACACGGCCCGGCUACAACCCUUACAAUCUACUGGCAAGGCGGCAAUAGUUACAGAAAUCUGGCUGUAAGUGUGGAUUUGACACUGACUUUGGAUUACCAAGAAUCCAAGCUACCGGUUGAGUUGACAAAGCUUUCACAAGAAAUACAACCAGUUCUUCAGAAGUGUGGAUUCCACGUUGUUCCCGCUGGAUUUGACAGCUGGCGUAUCUCGUUCUCCAUGGUAGAAAAAGAAAUUCUGGCCUCUUCCCCGGAAGGCUUGAAAACGUGCUACCGAGUCCUGAAAGUCGUGAGAGAUGAGAUAUCGAAGAUGCUUGGAUGGGAUUCAUCUUUGGUUCCAUCUUACAUAUUCAAAACCGUCCUAUUUUCUGAGCUGUUCAUAACGGGCCGCUAUCGCUGGGAAAAAGAUUGUCGGGCGCAAAGAAUAAUUCAAGCUUUAGAGUUGGCUUUGGAAGGCGUGAAGACGGAGAAAGUUCAGAACUUCUUCAUACCAAGACAAAAUCUACUAACAGUGGCUGAUCACGAGAACAAACUGCGCCAAUGUGUCCUGGAAGACUUGUUAAAUCAGAUGAAGGGUUUGGAAUUGGCGUACACACCAGAGGGCGCCAGAAAGAGAAAACAACAGAUCAGAGUUUUACAAAUGACUGAUUUGAUAGAUUACAUGAUCUCAGGCAUCCGUGCUGGGAAAAACCCUACUGCUGUCUGGAACAAAAUGUUUGUGAACGUUAGUAACGUUCCUCAGUCUCGCAAGUUUGGCUGGUUUUGGAAUCAGCUAACUGACCUCAACACUACAGAACUUGAUGAAGAUGCCUACAGAAGGUUGAAGCAAAUAUGGAAUGGGUUGGAAGCUUUCUUCAAGAUGUUACUGAAUACUCUUGAAGGGGAACUAAACAUGUUAGCUCGUAAAUUCUAUAUCAGAACCUGGGAGAAGAAAAAGAGAUUCGAGUCUGAGAACAAGGAGCUGUCGGAAGAAAACGUCGAGCAGAUUUCUCCGUGUCAAGUUGCUUUCGGAUGGUUAGAAGAUCUUGUUGAUUGUUAUACUGAAGAAAACAACUCAACCUUACCAAUUAUUCACAAGGCAGUGUCUUCUGAGUUCAUCGCCUCAGGCUUCUUCAAAGACGUUGCUGGUGUUACAGAGAAAGAAGGUAGUCACAAAGGGCUUGCUUUCUUGAAACAGCGUCUCAAAUGGCUCCUCUCAUUGGUCCCCGAGAAUUACAUUAUAGGCGCUGUUGUUGACUAUGUUAGCCAAUUAAUUUUGCAUUCUAAAGAAAUAAUGAAAUGUAAACUCGAUUACAUCACGAUACCUGAGUUAGAUGUAGAUUGAGCUUAGUGUGAGAAUAUGAUCAAAGCUCAACUAAUUCCGAGACAUACCUGUGGACACUCAUAAGAGGACAUUUGUUUAGUGUUCUAGUCACAUAGAACUCUGACAUUACGUUUUAAAUUUUCCAUACCUCUGCUACAGAGACAAUUUGUGUGUACAAGUGUGUGCCCUUAUAAGUGGCUCGACUAUAUAACAUUAUUUCGAGAAGUUAGGUUUGACAUGGAAAAUUUUGUAUUUAAUUUGCCCUUUGAUUACUGCGGGUAAUCUAAUCUACUGCUGGACCAGAUUUAAUCAUAUGUUUUUAAUAUUCUAGUAACCGUGUUAUCUUCAAAAAUAGGCCGUAGAUUACAACAAAUAUUUGUUAGUGUUUACCCUUUGCAUCAGGUAAUCACUGCCAGUCAAUAUAGAUCACUUUAAUUUUGUUGCUACAGGCCUUGAUAUAGGGAUUUAACUAAAGCAAGGUCAUUUGUUAUUAGUUCAGUGUAUUAUACGCACAAUUAUCUUAUCAGUUUACCGUGGCUAAAAGUCUAGUGGAACUGUAGUUCCUUUUAAGCGAGCAGUUGCGGUUUCUGACAGAGAAAACAAUUAAGGUCUGCUGAGAUAGCUGACAAUUUGACUCAUUGACUGCCUGGUUGCCAAUCCUUCAGUUUCGUUUGGCCACGUUAUCGUGGCUCUGGAGUUGAAUGAUGCAGCCACUGCUGGAAGACAAAUAGGACGCCCUCGCUCUUUUCUUGAAGUAAAUUCGGAUUAUUCAUUUGUUUUUCAGUAUGUUUAGUUCUAUGUUAUGCUCCGCGCUUGGCAUAAUCGUCUUAAAUAUAGCAGUUACUACAUGUU